UUAAAUGAGUUCAUAGCAAGAGAUCUCUCAUAGGAGAGAAAUUAAAGAAGAGAGCCAAGAAAAUAAUAAUAAUAAUAAUAAUAAUAAUAAGAAUAAUAAUAAUGGUUUCAAGAGAGCAAAAGAGAGCAGCACUACUGCAUGAGAAGCUUCAACUCCUUCGUUCUGUUACCAACUCUCAUGCUGUGAACAAAAGCUCCAUCAUAAUCGAUGCAUCAAAGUAUAUUGAAGAGCUUAAAGAAAAGGUAGAAAGACUCAAUCAAGAAAUAGCCACAGCAGAAACUUCAAAUCAUCAUCAUCACCAUAAUCCUAAUUUGCCUAUGGUGACAGUAGAAACCCUAGAAAAGGGAUUUAUGAUAAAUGUAAUUUCAGGAAGAAGCUGCCAAGGACUACUUGUUUCAAUUCUUGAAGCCUUUGAAGACAUGGGUCUCACCGUUCUUGAAGCUAGGGUUUCUUGUACGGACACUUUUCGAUUCCAAGCAGUUGGAGGAGAAAAUGAUGAACAAGGUGACACUAUUGAUGCACAAGCUGUGAAACAAGCAGUGGGACAAGCAAUAAAGAAUUGGAGCCAACAAAGUGCUGAUCAAGAUUAAAUCAAGAGCCCGCUUAUAAUAAUAUAAAUAUUUUUUAAUUUGUAUCUUAUAUAUAGAUGGUUGUCUUCAUUCUUUUCUUUUCUUUUCUUUUCUUUUCUUUUCUUUUCUUUUUUCUAUUUUUCAAGUUUCUUUUUUCUCAUUAUCUUAAUCCUAUGUUUGGCUAACUGCCAAUUUUGUUUAUUAA